UCCAUCGCUCAUCCAUUGAUUGGUUCAUUUGCAUGAAUAGAUCAAGUGAAUGUACAGUACACCAAGUGAAGUGUCUGUGAGCCACCCCACCCACUCCGGUGGGUUCCGUCGUACAUACAUCCAUGAUCCAUCCAUCGAUCGCAAAAAAGAGUGAGUGUCACCGUAUUGAUUGCAUUCACACACUAAUGUGAUGUGCCUCAUCGAUUCGAUGGACUGGACAGACCGACUCCGGUUACUGUACUGCAGGCCUCCCUCAGUCGUAGUGCAGCAGCCUUUUCUUCUCCUCAGCGUCCCUGUCCGCCUCGUGCGCCUCUUCCGACCGCCCCUCCGUCCGUGCAGGCACUGCGGCAUGCCUCGCGGAGGUCGCUCUGGACCGCACCUCCCGAAGACCUCCCGCCUCUGUUAUUCUUUGUUCAACUGAUCGGUUAAUACAUGUAAUGAACAAAGAAAGGCGACAGGAAAUGGCCAAUUCAAUUCGUGGAGACUUGACGAGUGACUUGGUGUCGCCUCCGCCUUUGCGAAAUCUGCACCCACAGAAGGAAGCGACCCGGUCAGUCAGGCAGGCAAGCAGGACGGCAAUGGAUGGUGCACUCACUGCUGGCCUGCGUACUGUACUUGGUGUGCAGAUGAUGAUCGGAUUCCUGAAACCCGACCCUGUGUCGCCGAAGGCGUCUUGAAGGCUGAGAGAGCCAUCCAGCCCCUUGUCAACACCCUUGAACGUCACGUCCUCAACGCGCGUGCCGACGGGCGCAAACAGACUCUGCAGCCCGCGGAGGUCGGGCACAUCCUUUGUGAUGACGCACGCGGGCUGUUCCAGCCUGUUGACGUGUGAUAUGAAGCGGUAGAUUCCCGACCCCUUGAGCUCAGCCUGCAUGCUCAUCGCACCAGCCUCUGCGUCGCAACACACACACAUCAAAGCAAGGAGGAAACAAACGGGUGAGUGAGUGAGGCAACGGCAGCGCGUGGGGGGGAGGGGAGGCUUUUCCCACUCACCAUAUUGGGCCGGGUCCAUGACUCUGCUGCGGUGCUGCGGUAGAUCUGCAGAUCUGCAGGACGGAGGAGGAGAUAAGCAGGUGAAGGGAGAUUGGCUGAGAGGCAGAUCAACGCGAGCAGAUGGAAGCUGCAAAU